AACUGUGUGGUGACGUUUCUGAUGAACCUCAUAACCCACCGCGUAUCAUGUGCAGGAGGUUACCGCUGACAUCUGCAGCAUUCAAAUAUAUAGAUAUUGGGAUCAGAGUAGUACCUCGUGCAUCCUACGUAGAAAUAAUUCUCGGCGAUAAUCAAGGACAUCAGAUGGAGUUAGAUCAAUCAAUUUGGAAAGAAUACAGAAAAAAUCCAUCAAAAAUAGACCAGCUGCUAAAGGCAACAGAUGCGGCAUCAUCAUCAGCGGUACAGCUUAAUCAUUUAGCUCUAGAACUAGUUAGAACGCGCCACGGAAAUAUUGUAAAAGUAACAUCAAAUAAUACUUCUAUGUACAUGAAACCAUCAACCAUAUCAUUUUUGUUUGAACUGGAACACUGUGUAGAUCGCAUAUACUUUCAUGUGUAUGAUGAUCUAGAAACAGUACAUGAAAUCUUCGAAGAACUCGUUGUGCGUUUACAAGAUAUAUGGAUGAGUGGCGAAAAAAAAUGUGAUUCACCGAACGAUGCAGUGAGAAUCCUACACGACAUGUACUAUAAAAAUUCAAUCGAAAAUUGUGAAUUUAUUUCGAUCAUAAAGUGCGAAUUAAUGGCUUAUGCCGUAAAAGAAAUUCUUGGCGAAGCCAAAAGUCGGGGUGAUGUAUUUUGA